AUGAGGAAUGAUGAUGGCGAUGUAGAUGAUAGUGAUGUAGAUCAUGGCGAUAUAGGUCACGGUGAUGUAAAUGCUGGCGAUGUAGAUGUAGAUGAUGGUGAUGUUGAUGAUAACGAUAUAGAUGAUGGUAAUGUAGAUGAUAGUGCUGGAAAUUAUAGUGCAGAAUAUUAUGGUGAUGUAGAUGAUUAUGUAGAUGAUGGCGAUGUGGAUGAUACUGAUGUAGAUGUUGGUGCUGUAGAUGAUGGCGCUGUAGAUGAUGGUGAUGUAAAUGAUGGUGAUGUAGAUGAUAGUAACGUGGAUGAUUGUAUUGAUGAUUUAAAAACCAUUCGAGCAAAACAGUGCUCCGCGUAG